CUUACAUUACCACAAUCAUGGCCACCAGCAACCAUCCGAAGUUAGACACACUUCCCGUAGAACUUCUUCAAAGAAUCGCCGGGUUCUUGCCAUGCUCCUCAGCCCUACGCUUGAUCCAGGUCAGUCGGGCCUUACGCAACGCCUGCAAUGACCAUUUUGUGUUCAAAGACAUCGCGCGAACAUCGCAUCUAGGCUUCAACCCCCCCAAUAGCGUAUCUGUCGCACUGCUCGAAGGGAAAUCCAUACUUGAGACCAAGCAAGCUGCGUUCGCGGUGGAAAACGCGGUCGAUUGGUACACGGCGUCCAAGGGCUUCGAUCCUAGUGGGAUGCCAGAUCCAAAGACACAAACGUGCCUUUACUUGUUAGCAAACCCCGCGGAAUGGAAACAGAUCCGCCUCUGGCUCCCUCAGCUCAUUGCUCUUCAUCACCCGUGUGCGCUGCAGCUAAACCCCGUUGGGAUAUGGGAGUACCUCAAGCUGUUUCAAGGCGUUACGUGGGGCCAGGAACGGGGUUUUUGUUCUUUGGCUUUCUCCUUCAUCGCCGCAGUAUUGGAACAGAAUGCAGUGUUCGAAGCUAGUUCGUGGGAAGUCAGACAUAAUAUCCUUACCAGAGCUGUUGAAGGGCUCGAGGACAUGAUUUUCCUCAACUUCCACCGCCCCAAUUCUGGCUUCAACCAGAUCAGCACAUUCCUAGACAUGAAUCAGUAUCACUACUCUAUGGCUGUCAUCGCCCAAUAUGCCCGGGGGAUGAUCAACUCACCUGAAAAUACGUCUCGCUGGGGUGUUCCGUUACCUCAGCCAUCCAGGAUACCCUUCCACAAGUUCAUGGAUAUGCCGCGUCUCAUGCACCUUUGCGAAGACCCCGAGGACGUCAAUUUGUUCCCGCACAUCGAUUUCGUCAACUUGUGGAGGUCGGGCUUCUUGUGUUCCGGCGAAUGGGUGGGCUAUUAUAGCUACGACCGCAUGAAUCGCUCUAGUGAUAUUCCAUGGAUCGACCCGCCGAUGCGCUCCAUCGUCUUCUCACCCCGCGCGGACAUUGGGGUAGGUGCCAUCGAAAGUCUCACUGGCGUCGACUCGAUCGGACCAUUUACUCUGAUGGGCCAUCUUUCGGAAAUGCCCCGAGGGCGAGUGGCACUCCAUAUGACGAAAUCAUAUUAUUUCCCUUUCCAAGGGGGGAAUCCCACUCACUCGUGGGAAUGGGAGGCAUUUCUCACGCCGUUUGGCAUUGUGGGAGCAUGGGGAGGAACAAACCCGGACGCCGCCAAAGGGCAUAUUUGGUUGUGGAAAAUGGAGUGGUGUAGUGAAGAUUGGCUCUCGAGUUGAGCGGGGAGAGGGUACGCGGCGUGCACCUAGCGUGGUCACUUUCAACCUCUGGUCAAUAGCAUGUAAAUCAGGCCAGUGGAAAUGGGAUGGUAAGGAGCUGCUGGGGCGCCUCCGUUCAGCUCCGAAAUCUAUCGGUCACUUAAAGUUACAAAAUCAACCGCGUGAGCCUUGAUUUGUUGGGUCCUGUGUGUACAGAACGUGCACGCAGCGGGUCAUUUCCAGCCUCUGGUUAGCAGAAUGUAAUUCAGAUCAGUGGAAAAAGGAUAGUAAUGAGCUGCUGAGGUACCUCCGUCAAACUUAUACCGCUUCCGGUUACUUAAAGUAACGAGAUCAACUGCUCAAGCCUUGAUUUAUUAGAUACAGCGUGCACACGGCGUACACCUUACGUAGUCCCUUUCAUCUUCUACUCAGUAGUCCCUAAAUUGGGCCGCCGACGAAAGGAUUAUUAAAACCUACCGAGGUGACUCCGUCAACCCU